UAAAAUAUUCAAAUGUCGUGUUUUCUUUUUUCAGAUUGUAUGAACUCGCUCAUCUUGUGUCUUCAACUAUUGCCAGCCGUCUUCAACGUCAAAAAGGCAUCUUUCGAUUCCAAAGUAGAUCGACUUUUUCACUUCGUUAAGCAAAAUGCAUUGAUUUCUGAAGCUGUCGAAGCAAAGGAUGUUAUUCAUCACAAGCAGCCCUACCUUAUUGUUGUAGGAUCGCUGGAACACCCUUUGUCCUUUAACCUGGUCGUCGAUCAAACUCUUAUUCCCCUUGUCCGUGAUUGUUCGAGAUCAUUCUGUGUUUUGUUUGCAUCGUUUUUCGUAUUCCGGCUUGAAUCCCCAGCACACUUGGACAAAUUCUAUCUGUUCUUUGAACAAUUUGUGUUCCAAAUAUUUUUAGGCGAACUUUGCUAUAAAAUUAGCCCCUCCAAUCAAGAAUUCGCUAAUAUGCUGGACAACAUUGCCUUAAAAAAUAUCUAUGGAGAAGCUGAUGCUGCCCAAAAGUUGUUGUCCCCUUUCAAAAAUCCAACAUCAAGUUUUUCCAUAUUUCGUAAUAUUACACCAGCAGUGGAUGAGCCAUAA